AUGGCGCCGAACAAAAAAUACGACGUGGCUUUGAUCUAUCAAGUCACUGAAACGGAAUUGAAAAAGGAAUGGGACAAUUACGAGACGAAACAACGAUAUGACACCGCAUAUGUCUGCAAGUGUGUAUUUGGGGGGACCCUGGAUUAUCCAAAAAUAAUCUCAAAGGGAUCCAAGGAUAUCAUCGAUUCGUGGGAGAUGGUUGCAUUAACCUCUCGAGAAGCGAUGGAGCCAGUGAAACCGGGAUCAACUCCUACUGAAGUGGUUGUACCCGAAUUAUUGCCUGGAAGCUUUGAAGCUGAAUAUGGAAAAGAUGGUUGGUUGAAGAAGAAAUUCGUCAAACCUUUGGAAGAAGCUUGCAAGUUGUUACACACGCACAUCAUGAAGAUGAACGAUGCCAUCAUGGAAGCGAAACGAAUCCGGCAUUUGUAUGUUUUGAUCAGUACGAGUGCCAUCAUCAGGAACCGGCUUUGGUUUUAUUCGGAAAAAGUUGACAAAGAACAUAAUAAGCCGAUACUCGAUCAAUAUGCUCGCUUCCGAUCUUUGGUCGAAAUACUGCUGCACGAAGCCAUGGAUUAUCACGCGAAUUUAUUGCAGAAGUGUGUUUUGAUUGAUCCACAUGGCUUAGACUGGACGAACAACACGAAAAACGAAAAGCUGAGUGAUCAUGUCAUCUUCUGGUGGUGUCAUAUGCGAGCUGUUCGAGCUGAUCUGUGGCAAAUUCUACCUCCUCGGUUGGCGCAAGAUAUAUUUUCUGCUGCUUUAAUGGAAUCUCUUUCUCUCCUGUCUUUGCGAUAUUCUCAAACUUCUCCGAGCUUUGAACGGCUCACGGACUUCCGAGCGGAUGUGAUGGGUAUCUUGCUCCUGAGCUCAGAAAUGGUUCUUUCUAUCUGUUCUUCUCUUCGAGAGUUGGUGGAAAAUCCAGAGAUUCAGCAGAAAGUCCCGUUUUGUAUUGGAUUGCGAUGUCAACUGCUUUUGUUGGUGGCCACAGUCGUCGGGUGUCCGAUUGAUCUAUUACAAACUUUCAUCAAGAAAACUAAAGGGAAGUUGGAACCGUUGUCUCAUGAAGGAAUGGAUGAAGCCUCAGAACAUUCCAAUGAAGCUCGUACUAUACAAACUCCACUAAAUUUUUGGCUUACGGCCGUCCGUCCAGAUCUGUAUCCAUCAUCUCCUCACUACGCAUCGUCGGGAAAUCUGAUCUCCUCCAGCGAUCCUCCUCUUCCUCCGCAAGUGCUCUACUUCCAGAUAUCGUUUUUGGCUGCGCAGCCACGUCCACAGUGGCAUUUGAUACUCCAGGUAUUAAUUUCACAAGGCUUCGGAAUUUCUGGGUGCCUUUACGCAAGUUUGGAACGCCAAGAGCCUACAGUGAAAGACUGGUAUUCUCUGCAAGAAAUUAAGGAAUUGAAUUAUUGCAAGGGGUGCUUGUGUAGCUUAUCCGGUUGUUGUAACGGAGAAAGCAAACUUACAACACAAGACAUUUAUUCUGCUCUCACUUACAUCUUGGUUCAUGUUGGUGGUUGCGAUGACGACGUGCUUAUGAAAACUAUGCUUCCUGCCAUUCGUAAUAAGUUGGAUAUGCAGGUUUUUGAUAAAUCGCAGGUAUGGAAUGCCGUCAGGCCUCAUUGGCUGCAAGCUCUUAUAUGGGUGAUGGAACCGUACUUGGUGCCCGUGUUUCAAGAUGCCAUAGCGGAAGUCCGUCGUCUGUCUCAUGUUGAUGACGCAUGUAUGGAGACAUUGAUGAAGAUAGUCUUGACGAAUCUUCACGAAAUAACCCUUCUGAUUCCGGCAAGCGUCCGGAAAUUCAUCUGCGCAUUGCAAACAACUUUAACGGCGUCAGCAUUCUGUGGUCAUUCUGUUAAUCCCUUGUGUGGUAACAUUUGCAUUCAUCUCUUGGUGAAUGCGAUUUUCACGCUUCCGAUGGGAUUGAUUUGUUUGGGUGAAUUUGAACCCGAGUUGGACAAAACUGAAGCCGGCAUUAUUUCAAAUUUGAAGGAAACCCUUUGCCGCCUAAGUGAAGAUGAUCGAGAGAUAACCUUCUCCAAGGAAAUUGACAAGAUUCGUAAUGCAUUCUCCGCUACUGAUGAGAAGUCUAUGAAUCAGGCGCAUAAGUUCGCCAUGCUGAAGAAGUUGGACGUUUGGUCAUGCGGUGAAGAAGUGGCGCAAAUCCUGCACAAUACGUUGAGUGUGAAUGUGAACUGGGCGAGGCAAAUUCUGGGAAUAUCCCCACCAUACAUGAUGGAUCAGAAUAUUCAAUCAAGCGGUGGGUUGGUGAUUCCUUCCUGGGAACCUUUUCGAUCUUUCAAUCCUUUCGACGAGCAUCGAUUAUUUCAAGGAAUUGCAUUCCAUCAGGGCCAGUUGAGGGAGUAUCCAAUGAACUGGGAUUUAGUUUUAGCUUUCGUCUUCACCCCGCUGAGCCGGAAGAAUGCACAAACUUUGUUAAAACUGCGGCCCGAAUUGAAUUCGGACGAAAGCCUGUUGGACGAAGAUACGAAGCGUUGCGUUGAUUACUUGAAGCGUCAUUACUGCAUCGAGAAUUUGUCGAAGACUGUUGUCUAAUACCGUUCUGAUGUCUUCGUGAUCGCAUUUGUUUUCGCCCGAUUUUUAAACAUGAUACGUACGAAAUGAUUAAACAGUUUUCAUCCCCUUU